AUGCGUUUUAGAAGUAUAAUGGACUGUUUUUGUAUGUUUUUAGAGUAUUUUGCCAAAAAUACUUCGAUACACGGAAUUCACUUUAUAGGAAAUAAAGAAAAUCCUUGCGUAGGAAGAAUUCUAUGGCUUAUAAUCGUUCUCUUUGCCCUGAGCUGUAGUUACAUUAUCAUAAAAUCCAACUGGAAUCAUUACAUUGAAAGCCCAACAGUGGUUACUAUCAAAAAAGAUUUUAGAAAUUGGGAAAAUCCUUUUCCAGCUGCUACUGGCUGUUUUUUGAAUAAGGUGGAUGAAGGAAAAGCAGCAACAUUUAUUGAAACACGCUGGAAUAUUUCAAAACAUAAUGAAAAAUAUGAGUAUUACUUAAAUUUCGUAAAAACUGUAUCAAAUUUAACAUACGAAACAUUUCAUACUCUAGAAAAAUUCAAAAACGAUGCCAAACUAAAUGAGAUUGAUUUUGUCUCGUUAAUUACAAACGUGCAUCCUGAGCUCAGUGGAACUUUAGUCACAUUUCAAAGUAAAGUAGAACCAAAAUGGAACUUCAUUAUGACUGAAUUGGGUUUAUGUUUCACUCUCAAUUAUAGAUUUGCCGAGUUACUUUCACCAAAUUUAAUAUUGAAUACAAAGCCCAAAUUCGAAGUUGACUUUUUAAAAUGCCAUUACCUAAAUGGACUCUGUUAUGCCAGAUAUGAUUGUGAUAAUAAUGUGUCCAUUGCAUUUCACAUACAUUCUCCUUUGGAAGUUAUACAUGCAACAUCGGAACGACCAUUAAAUAUAAAAACAAGUGAAGAAUGUGAAGUGAAUUAUAAAUUAACGCAAACCUAUUCCUUGGAAGAUAUAAGGUAUCUUACUCCAAAUCAGAGAAAAUGUCGUUUUGAUGAUGAACCAUUAACCGCAAAUGUACCAGUUUAUAGUACCAGUAUUUGUUAUAUGGAAUGUAGAUAUAGAUUAUCUAUGGAAAUGUGUGGUUGUAAACCUUUCUUUUAUACCUUCCUUGAUGGAAAACAAUGUGAUAUAACUGGUCUGUUAUGCUUGGCAAAAAUAUCAAAUUUAUUCAACCGUACAACACAAAUACGAUGCGAUUGUGCUCAACCUUGCAACUUGAUAGUGUAUUUGAAGCAAGUGCCAAAGAUAACUGAGUGGGAUAUCGAAUUUUUCGAACAACGAGUGGCAUUCAGGUGGGGCCUUAUUCUUCCAACUACAAAGUAUCAGAGAAAAAUUAUUUUUGGAUCUCAAGAACUAAUGGGUAAACAUAAUACGCAUAUGUCGCAGGCAUCAGUCUUAUUAGAAUACUGGGAUAUUUUAAAUUUAUAG